GGAGGCGGUGCGUCCCCAGAGGCGUGCGCCCCGGCCCACCGACCGGCUGACUGACGGACGCAGAGAGAGAGGGCUGUGGUGAGAAAUCUGCUGGCCUUGUGGGACCGCCUCAGGGCUCCGAAACGCCAACUUGCUUCGUGUGUUCCGGGCAGGUCUGGGGCAGGUGGCAGCUCCUUGACCUCACAUCAUGGAUGGAGACGGACUUUUUGGUGAAGAAACCCAAACAGCCGAGGCCCGCCAGGGCGAUUGGGCUGUCAAAGGUUUUAACAAAACCUGCCCUAUUCCCUUUGGGGAAUCCGAAUGAAGGAGAGUGCAGACACCUUCACUGGGAAGCCAAGGACAUUUCUGUAUAAUCAGUGGAUGAAAGGAUUUUCUCAGACUCUUUCCCCUCUUUCCUUGAGGAUUAAUCCACCGCAAUCAACAAUUCCAGUGGAAACCGCAAGGCACACGAUGUGGCAGAAGCCUAGCGCGCCUGCAGGAUUGUUCUGGACCCUUCCUUUGCAUAGGGGAGUUUGACACGCGACACCCGCUGCCCUCCCCUCCCCGACUGCCUCCUGCUGAUCUCUUCUCUUUAACCUUUUCUUAUUUUCUGGGUUAAAUUCUGUUUCCAAAACUGCCCCCUGGAGCUCUAAGUGGAUUGCCAGAAAUGAGAGAUUAAGACCUUGGGAGAGAAGGAAGCGCCCGCCUUGUGUUGUGUCUUCUCUCCUCUGCCGACAUGAAGUGCUUUUUCCCGGUGCUGAGCUGUCUGGCCAUCCUGGGUGUCGUGACAGCACAGCGUCAAGUCGCCGUCCAGGAAGGUCCCUUGUACCGCAUGGAGGGCUCCCACAUCACCAUCUGGUGCAACGUGAGUGGCUACCAGGGACCUUCUGAGCAGAAUUUCCAGUGGUCUAUUUACCUGCCCUCCUCCCCAGAGCGCGAGGUCCAGAUUGUCAGCACCGUGGACUCUUCUUUCCCUUACGCCAUCUACACCCAGCGUGUCCGCAGUGGGAAGAUCUACGUGGAGAGAAUCCAGGGGAACUCAGCCUUACUGCACAUCACCGAUCUGCAGGCCCGGGAUGCUGGGGAGUAUGAAUGCUACACGCCCAACACUGAUGACCGCUACUUUGGGAGUUACAGCGCCAAGAUGAACCUAGUGGUGAUCCCAGACUCCCUGCAGACCUCAGCCAUGCCCCAGACUCUGCACAGAGUGGAGCAGGACCCUCUGGAGCUCACAUGUGAGGUGGACACGGAGACGUUCCAGCACAGCCACCUGUCUGUGGCCUGGCUGCGGCAGAGAGGCAGCGAGAAGCCUGUCGAGGUCAUUGCCCUGAGCCGAGACUUCGUGCUUCAGUCCAGCAGCGAGUAUGCCCAGAGGCAGAGCCUGGGAGAGGUGCGGCUGGACAAAGUGGGGAGCAGCACCUUCCGCCUCACCGUCUUCCACCUGCAGCCUUCCGACCAGGGCGAGUUCUACUGUGAGGCUGCUGAGUGGAUCCAGGAUCCCGACGGCUCGUGGUAUGCCAUGACCCGAAAACGUUCCGAGGGCACCAUGGUCACUGUCCAGCCCACAGACAAAGAGUUCACUGUUCGGCUGGAAACAGAGAAGCGCCUGUACACUAUGGGGGAGUCGGCGGAGUUCCGAUGCAUCCUGGAGGCGCAGAACAUUCCCGACCGUUACUUCGCUGUCUCCUGGGCCUUCAACAGCUCUCUCAUCGCCAGCAUGGGGCCUAAUGCUGUGCCUGUCCUCAACAACGAAUUCGCCCAUCGGGAAGCCAGGGGACAGCUGAAAGUGGCCAAAGAAAGUGACGGUAUCUUUGUGCUGAAGAUCUUCCACCUCCGUCAGGAAGACAGCGGGAAAUACAACUGUCGUGUGACAGAGAGAGAGAAAACGGUCACCGGGGAAUUCAUCGACAAGGAGAGCAAGCGUCCCAAAAACAUCCCCAUCAUAGUCCUCCCCAUCACAGAUGACUGGGUAGUUAAAGUCCCCCAGAACCACCAGAUCCUGCCCCAAGGCCACUUGGAAAGCAGCAUCUCCGUGGAGGUGGCCAGCAAUGCCAGCAUCGUCCUUGAGGGUGAGAACCUGCACUUCUCCUGCAGCAUCCGCACGGCGGGCAGGCCGCAGAGCCGCUUCUCUGUCAUCUGGCAGCUUGUGGACAGGCUGAACCGUCGCAGCAACAUCAUGUGGCUGGACCGGGAUGGCACCGUGCAGCCUGGAGCGUCCUACUGGGAGCGCAGCAGCUUUGGAGGCGUGCAGAUGGAGCAGGUGCAGCCCAGCACCUUCAGCCUGGGCAUCUUCAACAGCAGGAAGGAGGAUGAGGGCCAAUACGAAUGCCACGUGACCGAGUGGGUGCGGGCAGUGGAUGGCGAGUGGCAGGUUGUGGGGGAGCGCCGGGCCAGCACCCCCAUCUCCAUCACAGCUCUUGAAACAGGCUUUGCGGUCACAGCCAUCUCCCGCACGCCAGGGGUGACCUACAGCGAUUCCUUCGACCUGCAGUGCAUCAUCAAACCCCAUUACCCAGCCCGGGUCCCUGUGUCAGUGACCUGGCGGUUCCAGCCUGUGGGCACUGUCGAGUUCCAUGACCUGGUAACCUUCACCCGGGAUGGAGGGGUCCAGUGGGGGGAUAGGUCCUCCAGCUUCCGAACCCGAACGGCCAUCGAGAAGGCUGAGUCCAGCAACAACGUCCGCCUGAGCAUCAGCCGAGCCAGCGACACGGAGGCGGGCAAGUACCAGUGUGUGGCAGAACUGUGGCGGCAGAACUACAACAACACCUGGACACGGCUGGCAGAGCGGACCUCUAACCUGCUGGAGAUCAGGGUGCUGCAGCCAGUGACAAAGCUGCAGGUGAGCAAAUCCAAGAGGACCCUCACCCUGGUGGAGAACAGGCCCAUCCAGCUGAACUGCUCAGUCAAGUCUCAGACCAGCCAGAACUCCCACUUUGCCGUGCUUUGGUAUGUCCACAAGCCCUCGGACGCUGACGGCAAGCUCAUCCUCAAAACCACACACAACUCCGCCUUUGAGUAUGGCACCUACGCCGAGGAGGAGGGCCUGAGAGCCAGGCUGCAGUUUGAGAGGCACGUGUCUGGGGGCCUGUUCAGCCUCACCGUCCAGAGAGCUGAGGUCAGUGACAGUGGCAGCUACUACUGCCAUGUGGAGGAGUGGCUGCUAAGCCCCAACUAUGCUUGGUACAAGCUGGCAGAGGAGGUUUCAGGGCGUACUGAAGUCACCGUGAAGCAGCCAGACAGCCGCCUGAAGCUGAGCCAAGUGCAGGGGAACCUGUCAGUUCUGGAGACGCAGCAGGUGCAACUGGAGUGUGUGGUGCUGAACCGCACCAGUGUGGCCUCCCAGCUCAUGGUGGAGUGGUUUGUGUGGAAGCCCAACCACCCAGAGCGCGAGGCUGUGGCCCGCCUGAGCCGUGAAGCCACCUUCCACUACGGAGAGCAGGCGGCCAAAAACAACCUGAAGGGCCGGCUGCAUUUGGAGAGUCCUUCCUCUGGUGUGUACCGGCUUUUCAUCCAGAAUGUGGCGGUGCAGGACAGCGGGACCUACAGCUGCCACGUGGAGGAGUGGCUGCCCAGCCCCAGUGGAGCAUGGUAUAAACGGGCAGAGGACACUGCUGGGCAGACAGCUGUUACAGUCAUGCGACCAGAUGCCGCCCUGCAGGUGGACACAGUGGUCCCCAACGCCACAGUGUCCGAGAAGGCAGCUUUCCAGCUGGACUGUACCAUCGUGUCUCGCUCCAGCCAGGUCUCCCGCUUUGCUGUGGCCUGGUAUUCCCUGAGGACUAAAGCUGGGGGGAAAUGGGGCAGCCCUGGCCUGGAAGAACAGGAGGAUGAGGAGGACGAGGAGGACGAGGAGGAGGAAGAGGACCCCACAGAGCGGACGGCCCUGCUGAGCGUGGGCCCAGAUGCUGUGUUUGGCCCAGAGGGUGGCCCCUGGGAGGGCAGGCUUCGCUUCCAGAGGCUGUCCCCGCUGCUCUUCAGGCUCACGGUUAUACAGGCAAGCCCCCGAGACACGGGCAACUACUCUUGCCACGUGGAGGAAUGGCUGCUCAGCCCUCAGAAGGAAUGGUACCGGCUGACAGAGGAGGAGUCGGCCCCCAUCAGCAUCCGAGUACUGGAUGCAAGUUCCACCCUGCAGUCCAUCAUCUGCUCCAACGACGCGCUCUUCUACUUCGUCUUCUUCUACCCAUUCCCCAUCUUCGGCAUCCUCAUCAUCACCAUCCUGCUGGUGCGCUUCAAGAGCCGGAGCUCCAGCAAGAACUCAGAUGGGAAGAAUGGGGUGCCCCUGCUGUGGAUCAAAGAACCACACCUCAACUACUCCCCCACCUGCCUGGAGCCGCCUGUCCUCAGCAUCCACCCAGGAGCCAUAGACUGAGGCGCCCCAGGGGACAUUGGCCACCAGGAGCCGAAGCGCUCCCAUGCUGCCUCUUGCUCUGUGACAGGACAGCAGACAGCACCCAAACUCCAGAGUGCCCUCCCAGAAAACUGUCAGACUUGAGACGUACUCAGAGUCCCCAAUCAGUCAGAGACAGACCGCUGCUUCUAGGUGGCAGUCCUGGUGGGCUAGUGAUUUCCGAGCAGGUGUGGUCAUCCUGCGGCAUUAGGUUUCUGAUUUUUGUUCUUGGUAAUGUAGUGAGUAGCUCCAAGUGCUACGUCUACUCACCGGUAGUAACAGGUAGAUGUUACAGGGGUUCUCAUUCUUUGUAACGGACUCUUUUUAAUUCCCUGUGGUUUACCCUUUUUGGAUUCCGUAAUGUUGUGGACGUGUUUCUCUUACAUACAACAGAUGAGAAAAGAAAAGUUGAACUUCGUAGUGCAAAGGAAUCUCUUCCAAGACCUUUUGUUUUUGCACACUUGAAAAUGCCACCCAUGGAGCAAAAUACACCCAAACGUUUUUUACUUUCGUAAAGAGACUUGAAAACUAUGUGAAGUGUGGGCCCAAUUUGUAUCAUAUUUUUUCCCUCAGCUGGAGUUGUUGGAACCACUUUGUAGUCAAGAUAAAAGCAUUAAUAUUUUUUUUCUUCAAAGACUGUACGUACAAGAGAAGUCCUGCAUAACCCCAUUAGGAGUGGAUCGUUCCUGGCCAGCCUAUCUGUCAAGGAGGCAAAAAUUGACAUCCUCCCAUUCUUGCCAAAAAAUAAGAAAACUUUGUUGGAGAACAAGCCAAAAGCUCCAGACAGCUCACACUUUGCAAAGUGGGCAAAGGGCUGCUUUUCAGCAGCUACUGACUUGCAGGUUGAUCAAAGCCAGUGAUUAGGGAAGGAAGGAAGAAGGGCUAGUUGUUGGUUUGAUGUGUUCCCUAAGGGCGGUCUCCAGCCGGUAACUGAGCAGGUGGGCUUCUUUGGUAAGGUGCUUUGCCAAACUCUUAAGGGAAAGUUACUAGUGAGCCUGGGAAGGGGACAGCACUGAGCUGAAGACACAGGCCCAAGCAGCCAUCGUAUACACUGACAGGGCACUGGGUCCUGGGGCAGCUUAGCUCCUUGAAGAGUGGGACAGUCAGCAGUGGGAGGGAUUUUUCAGAGCUAGGCAGGAAUAACUGCCUCCCUGGGGGUAUGAAGACUAGGUUUUUCUUCCUUUCAAUUAGAUUUUCCACAAAGAUAUGGAUGUCUUUCCUCACCAUUUACUUUCCCUGCUUCUCACUGCCAUACCAGCAUCAGGGAAGGCCCCUGAAGCCCUCUGUGACCCUCCACUUACAGGCGUAGCAGGACAUACCACAUGCCUUUGUCUGUGGGUGUUAUACUCUUCCCUUUCUUGGAUCUUGUUCGCAAUUUAGGGGUUCAUUGUUAUGGCGACUUCAUUUAAAAGCCCCUCAAUGUCCAAUAAAGACCAGUGUCACCUGCCACUUGACCCUGUUGGGCCAGAAGCUUGGCUCCCUGGGAGCAGCGUCGGCUGCCAGUGCUCGCUCACUCCACGAAGAUGUUUUUAUGCCCCGACUUUCCCGUAUUUUGCUGGCCAGGAGUGCCACCUCCCUUUCUCUGUGAACGCGCAUCGAUCCCAAGGGAGUUCCUGAUUUGGAAAAAGCCAACAGGGAUUUGGGCACUAAGUCUAACUCGAGAGAUCACUGCAAAACCCUGUUCUGAGACUGAACAGACUCCAGGGAGGCCAUGGGAUUUCCCAGGUGUGUGGGUGCUGAUGCUGAUCAGGGUCUGGGGUACAGGUGUUCUUGGGUGCUCAGCAGAUACUUUGCUGCAUCGCAGCUGAAGGGAAGCAAGGUGAGUGCUCAGCUGUUCUCUAACAGGCUCACACACACCUGCCUUCUUUUCCUUGCAGGUACACCAGUGCUGUCCUGUGAGCGUAGGCACCACCACCUAACCCUGCCAUUGCCGCACAUGCUCAUUCUCGUUUACUAUGCUGCGUGAAUGCUUUAGAGGUGCAUAUUCAGCUUGGUGGUGAGGGGAGAAGGCAGUCUUUUGCCUCAUUUCGUUAUUUCAGGGGUGUUGGCUUUCAGUGGGAAAUAGCUGACCCCUAUUUUAUAGACUGUCAGUGAGAGAAGAAGACUGGCUGUUCCUCUGCCCCACUGGAAAGAUGCCAGAGGGCUGUCUGGGACUGGAAUGUGCACCUAUGACGAAUUUGAGUUGGUUCACAGCUGCAGAAAGGUAGCUGCUUCCACGUAAUUAAAUAGGUGUAGUCGUGGGAAAUUUGAAAGAAAAGAAACCGAAGCCAGUAUUUUAAUAAUUGUUUUGUUUCUGUGUAUUUUCUAUGGGCUUGGGGAUACCAUCAAAGGGUGAGCUUUUCCAGCUUUUUAUGAAAAUCCCCAGGACCUUCCUUCUUUUGCCAUUUCUGUGGAAAUGUGGUGCCAGAUGAAUGGUAAUGGUGCCCUCCAGUGGCUGGGAGACCUCACUGCACAUUGCCGACUGGAGCUUUGAGACCAGGAAGAGACUGCCCAUUGCUCCGAUGUUCCAUUAAUGAAACCUACACUGUGCUAGGCCUGUCCCAGGACAUGGAUAUGAACACACCCUCUUUCACCAGGGUGUUUCUGUAGCAAAUUUUCAUAUUCUUUUCAAACAAUGGUUUCUCUGCGUUAAUUGUUGAAGGAAAAAGAGGUGGGAUAAGAAAACUACCCAUGCAUGAUAUAGAGAGCUGUUGAUUUUUUUUUUUAAAGGAAAACUAUUUGUAAGAUGUUGCACUAAAACGUUUUAUAUACACU